CCCACCCUGCGGCCUGCAUCCAGCUAGGUGGGUGACGAUAGAACGUGCACCGUGCCAGUUGGUACUUUAAGAUCCACAUUGCGCUACGAUCAAAGGGUCCGGCAAACCGAGAAACGUCGGAUCGGGCAGUCGGUGCUCCCUGCGCCAAGGGUGUGUCGCGGAAGUAAGCCAGUUGCAAAUCCCCGAUGAGAGGACGUCGAACUGCGCCGGGCUGAACGUCCGUGGACCGGCCAACGUAACAGGAAGUAGACGUAACCGACGACGAAUCCAUUCAUUGCUGGCGAUUUCACGAAGCCUCAAACAAUAAACCCCGUUGUGUUCCGAUGUGAAACAGUCGAAUGACCGCGCUCCGCCUAUUAUCAUUCCCGAGCGUAGAUGUGCUUGAUUAGCAUCGAUUGGGGAGUAGACUCACGUAGAUACGCAUCAGACCCACCGCAACGCAAUACUAUCGUCUUUUUCCCUCUUUCUGGUUAAACGAUACAAGCCUCGCCGGGAAUCAGUGGUCCGUUUUCCCUCGUCGGAGUAAACAAAAGAGGAGAGAGGAGACCUUCCGGAGAGGAGUCUUUUUACGUGGAUGGCCAAUUGGGAUUGGAAGAACAUGGAUUGGGAUUGGGAAGACGCGGACGACUCUUCCAGCGGAACGGAGGAGCUGAAGCCGGAGAUUGAUAAGCAGUGGCUUGACGGUAUCCUAAGGGAGUUUCACAAAGAACCGGUCACGAUAACCGAGUGUAACGUGAACCCCGGCUGUAUGAGCAACGAAAGCGUGCUGAGCACCAUAAUUAGCGUUAAAGUCAAGUACGUGUUGACCGAGUCGAACACCACGCAGGACCUAUCUUUAAUCGUGAAAGAGCUACCGAAAGAUCCGUUCAGUCGUUUUUUCGUGAACGAGGGCCAGUUCGACCUACGGGAAAUUAAGUUUUACACGCAGGUCAUGCCAGACUUGAGAGAGUUCCAAAAGAAACAGCUGGCGUUAGAGAAUACCCGCGAGAACCUCGACAAACCGGGCGAGGAGAUUCCUCUGUCGGUACCUGUGUGCUACCACGCGCAAUACAUGCCAGCACAGGAGACCGAGGACACCCUGACGACACCGGACUCGAUCUUGGUGCUGCAAGACCUUCGCGACUCUGACUUUUGUAACAUCAAAUUCAGGAAAGGAAUGACCUUCGACCAGACUCAGGUCGCGCUGGAGGCUAUAGCGCGCAUACACGCGCAUUCCCUAGCAAUGAAGGUCGUCGAAGGACAGUCCCUGUCCGAGCGUUACCCAUUCCUCUUCCAAACAGCGAAAGCGACCGAUUCGUAUCAGCAGCUGGUCGAGCGCGGCCUGCCGCAGCUUGCGAAAUUUUUGGAGAACAGGGGGCUGGGAGCGAUACUCGAGGCUCUGCGCAUACUAAGACCGAAGACUAUGCACAUAAUAUCUGCGCUCCUUGCCCCCGAGGGGCCACUGACCCUGAUCACGCACACAGACUUCUGGUGCAACAAUCUCCUGUUCAAGGAAGGUCCGAACGGUCUCGAAUGCUGCAUUCUCGACUGGCAAAUGGUCACAUACAGCAGACCAAGCAACGACAUCGCUUUGUUGAUAGUGAGCUCAUUGCCUACCGACCUACGUCGAAAGUUCACAGAGGUUUUCCUCGAUAUCUAUUGGAACGCUCUAACCAGCACAUGUUCUCGCCUCGGGGUCGACAUCCCGAAAGAUUUGGGCUACACGAGGGAAGACCUGAGCAAAGACUACAGACGGUCGCAGCUGCUAGCGCUUCUACUUUGCAUCGGAUCGGUGGACGUUGCCUUGGGUGAUCCGGACACCGAGGAACGACUGAUCGACGUUCUAAAGGAUCUUCACAGCGAGGGCGUGUUCACAGAUGAGACCGUCGUCGCAACGAGCGAGAGUGAUUUUUAGUCAGCCGCAAAUGCCGCUCACGAUAGUGCUGCUGUGAAUUAAUUAAUCUUACGCGAGACGCAAAUCAAACUGGCGACGGCUGUGGAAUCCGGAGGGUUCGAUGAAUCACGGACAUUCAGAGUUUGAUUAAUGUGAUCCGGAGCAAAAAGGCUUGUGUCGAUAACAGUGUAAUUGCGGGUAGUUAAAGAAGUCGACGUUCAAAUGCCGCUAGCAUGGAAAGUAUAGCGUUCACGAUAGAACUUUGGGUUCGAAAAUAUUUCGUAAUAAUGAAAGUAUUAACGAACAAGUUUAGAGAAUUACGUCUUCGAUAUGUAUACGUAAGACAUUUGGUUGUUCCUCUUGCGACACUUGUUUAUGUUUUGGUACGACUAUUAAGUAAGCAUGACGCCAAUAAAUGCUAUCUGAAAUUAUACGAAUAAAAACGUCUCGAGAGUUAAGUAAUUACUCACAACCUUGUGCUCUGAGGUGCUUUAAGUGAAACUUUUAAGUCAAUUAUCUAUUAGACUGACUUCGUUUGAAAUCGUUUCUCUAACUAAAUUCUUUCCCGCAAUUAUUACAACGGCUAUAAAACCGGCAUUCUGUUAUCGCAAAUUUACAUACGCAAUCAUUAUAUUAUUCUCUUUCUUUGUACAAACUACAUAAAUAAAAUAUACCUUGAUGUUGUCAUGAACUUGUAAAAGUAUAUCUGUAUACUAGCGUCUAAUGAUGAUCCCUAAGUCACGUCUACAGAAAAUGUUUCUUUUAUUGUAACUGUUUCAUCCGUACUCUGUGGUUAGAAUUUUCAUUUGAAAGUCAUAGCUGGUUAUUUUUAAACAGCUACCGUACGUAUUUAAUUGCCAAGAUUAAUAAUAUAGAGAACAAACGUAAAUAAUAGUAAUUGACUUACCGAUGCAGUUACUCCACCAACGAUAAAGGCAUUCCUUUUAUGCUUGUUGCUUCUUUCGUAUCUUGUAUACAAUUCUCUUCCCACCCAUACUGGUAUACCUGCAAAACGAAGCGAACAGGAAUGUAUAAUUUUAUUUGAAAACACAACUAGUCCAUAUCUUUGAAAUAAUACAAAAAAACUUCAUCUCAGGCAAAACGCUAUUCUUGUGUUACACAAUUGCUGUAUAAUAAUUGUGUUUGCAUCUUCAAUAUAUUAAGAGAUAAUGGUCUGCUAAUAUUUAAGUACAUGAACAAGAAAUUACAUAUAUUGUCUGCGUAUAUGACUGACCUAUAAUCAUAGCAGGUACGGCUAUACCAGCUGCGAGACCAAUUCCAACAGGAGCGCCAACCAAAGUUCCAAGUUGCCAAAGUAUCUUCUUUUUCCUAGACCAUGGCUUUUUGCCCCAGAAUGUACAACCAGAGGGACUAGAAGUAAUUAAGAGAUUCAUGUAAUAAAUUCAUGUAAAGAACAUAGUACUAUUUGAAAUGAAUACUGUAUAAUAAAAAUCAACUAAUACCUUAA